CCACAACCUGCCAUCCUCCGCCCUCAACACCUCCUACACGGUUUCGACGCGACACGAUACCAACAAACCGCCGUCAUGGUGUACAUACGGCAGGACAAGCUCCCGAAGCUCAAGGAGUACAAAUACUCUGGAGUCGAUCACAGUCUGGUUUCGCGCUAUGUCUUGAAGCCCUUCUACACGCAUGUCGUGAUCAAAUGCUUCCCCAUGUGGAUGGCACCAAAUCUUAUCACUCUUUCCGGAUUCGGAUUCGUCGUCGCCAACUUUCUGACUAUGCUGUGGUACACGCCGACGCUCGACCAGGACUGUCCGCCGUGGGUGUACGCUAGCUGGGCGAUUGGGCUCUUCCUGUACCAGACGUUCGAUGCGGUGGAUGGGAGCCAGGCAAGGAGGACACACCAGAGCGGCCCGCUAGGCGAGCUCUUUGAUCACGGUGUCGACGCUGUCAACACUACGUUGGAGGUCCUGCUUUUUUCGGCUGCGAUGAACUUGGGACAGGGCUGGAAAACUGUCCUCACGCUGUUUGCUUCGCUCUUGACAUUCUACGUCCAGACUUGGGACGAAUACCACACCCAUGUGCUCACGCUCGGCUUCAUCUCUGGGCCCGUCGAGGGAAUCCUCACCCUGUGCUUCGUAUACGCGGCUACGGCCGUCCUCGGUGGCGGCAGCUUCUGGCAGCGAUCACUCCUCGAGAGCAUCGGCGUACAGAACUACGACCUCAUCCCCGACGUUCUCUACAACCUGGCUUGGAAUGAGUGGUACAUGGUCUACGGCAGCGUGGUGCUCGUAUUCAACACCGUGAGCAGCGCCCUGAAUGUAAUGAAAGCUCGCCGUGCCCGUGGCCAACGCACCCGCGUCGCCCUCAUGGGCCUCCUCACUUUCGGCGCCGCCUGGACCCUCAUCCCCGCGUACCUCUACCUGCAGCCCAUGAUUCUGCACAACCAUCUCGUCCCCUUCAUCUUCUACGCUGGCCUCGUAAACGCCUACUCCGUCGGCCGUAUCAUCAUCUCGCACCUGACCAAGUCGCGCUUCCCACGCGGCAACGUGCUGAUCUACCCGCUCAUCUACGGCGUCGCAGACUCGCUCGGCCCAUUCCUACAGGAGCGGGUUGGCUUCGGCUGGCCAAGCGCGCUGGGCAACGAUGUGUAUCAGGUUGCGUUUGUGUUUAUGUGCCUGGGGCUGGCAAUCGGCGUCCAUGGUAGCUUCGUUAUUGACGUCAUUUGGACCAUCUGCGACUACUUGGAUAUCUGGUGCUUGACUAUCAAGUACCCGUACCAGCCGGUCAAGGAGAACGAAGAGAAGGUGAAGAAGGAUGAAUAAGAUGGGGGCUACUAGCUGGGUUGCGAGACGGAUGGAGUUGGGACGAGAAAUGAGAGCACGGUGGGUAUGGUUGCAUUGCAUUGCUGUUCCAAGUAUCGCUUCGCGAGGCGAGGAGGUGCGUUAGCGAGAAGCGUAGUACUGUUGGGCUCUGCUUCUGCACAGCAUGGAUACAUUUAAGGAUUCUAUAUGUUCUGGGGCGUAAAUUGCGGGCGAGAAUAUACCCUUUGGCUAGUCGUAC